AUGCAAGCCGGACGCCGUCUCUACGUCGGCCGCAUCCCGCAGGCCGCCACUCGCGCCGACUUUGAGGACUUCUUCGGCCGCAUGGGCAAGCUCGUCGAUGUUCGCAUCAUGGCGGGAUUUGCUUUCAUCGAGUAUGCGGACUUGAGGGACGCCGAGGAGGCCGUCAACGAGCUCAACAACAAGGACUUCCUUGGUGACCGCAUCAUGGUCGAGUUCGCCAAGCCUCCCCGCAGCAUGAUGGACGACCGCUUCGGCGGCCCUCCUCCUCGCGGCGGUGGCUACGGCGGCGGAUACGGCGGACCUCCUCCUCGCAGCUUCGACCGCCCGCCUCCCCCUCGUGCUGGAAGCGGCUUCCGCAUCACCAUUCAGGGCCUUCGCGAGGGCACUAGCUGGCAGGACGUCAAGGACUUUGCUCGCCAGGCCGGCACCGUCUCGUUCGCCGACGUCGACAGGCGCGACCCGACUGUCGGCUUCGUCGAGUACAACUCGCGUUACGAUGCCGAGGACGCUGUUCGCAAGCUCCACGACACCGAGCUCAACGGCGCCAAGGUCAGCGUCGUCGAGGACUUUGACUCGCGUGGUGGUGGACGCGACAGCGGACGCGACCGCGACUCUGGCCGCGACCGUGACCGCGACGACGGCUACCGCAAGUCGACGCGGGACCUGUACGACGAGCGCGACCGCCGCGGUUCUUCGCGCCGCACGCCCUCGCCUCGCCGUUCCCGCAGCCCCGCCCGCCGUCGCUCGCCCACCCCUGACCGCAGGGAGAGGGACCGUUCGCCCAGGGACCGCAGCCGCUCGCCUCGCCGCGACUAG